AUGACUCACGGCGGGCUAAUGACCUUCUGGGGAAACGAUUUCAUGUCACCAUCAGCGUUUCUCGCUCUGAAGGGAGAUUCCCCUGGAAUCUUCUCCAGCCCCUUGUGGUGCACUGAGGUCAUCGGGGAGGCCCUCAGGGGCCCUGGCCCCACCAGCAAGGAGCGUGCCUGGGGCCCCCCAAACUCGGGGAGGGCGCUCGUGGGCUCCCGCCUCUCCAAGAGAGCCGGCGAUGGGGUGGGGCUUCAGCAUAGGAAUGUGGGCACGGUUCAGUCCGUCCCACUCGCCCACCACACCCCAGGCGCGGAGACCUGUCGGGCGAGUCAGAGCACGGAGCUCAGAUUCCAGGCGGCAGGGCCCCCAGCCCCGCCGGCCCAGCCUGGCCCACACCCGGGCAGCCACGCGCCCGUGAGUGCCCGUGUGGCCGCCGCCAUCCGCGCCGCUCGGCGGUGCGGGGCGGAGAGAGCAGGCAAACUCGACGAGCAUCUGCGGCGGCCCGAGAAUUCCGCAAGUCGCAGCCCUGGCUCUCAGCGCCACGAGCGCCCCAGCUUCGCCCCCGAGGCUGCCCGGCGUGAAUUCGUGUCUGUUCACUCCAGGAGCAUCUGUCCCGCGGCCGCAUCUCGCCUCUUUGUGGCUGCGUGGCACUUCUCAGCGCGGUCCAUCACGGCGUGGACAUGCCACGGCGUCCUGGCCUGCUCACUGCCGCUGCUGGUCCUGCUGGGAGUGGCGCAGCAGUACCGGCUCAGCCGCUGCCUUUGCGCUGGAGGGGGGCCCACCCUGCCCCAGGAUGACCCCUCUUUGGCUGACCGCAUCAGCCAGGACCCUAUUUCCAAACAGGGUCCCAUUCACAGGCUCUUUGUGGACGUAAACUGCACGCGCAUGCUUAACAGCGACAGGCCCCUGGCGGCUCCCCGCUGGGCCCUGGCAGCUCCGCCCUUCCGCUGGUGUCCUCAGGGCAAAGAGACCACUAGUGAAGACAGCAAGAGAGAGUUCGCUUGGGGCGCGGCCUUGCCAGCGGACCCCCAGGCCCCUGGAGGGAUUGCCACACCGCCCGUGUACGGCCAGCUUCUGGCUUUGUAUCUGCUCCACAAUGACAUGAAUAAUGCAAGAUAUCUUUGGAAAAGGAUCCCGCCUGCUAUAAAGUCCGCGAACUCUGAGCUCGGAGGAAUCUGGUCCGUGGGACAGAGAAUCUGGCAGCGGGAUUUCCCCGGCGUCUACACGGCCAUCGGCGCGCACCAGUGGUCCGAGGCGGUGCAGCCCAUCAUGGAAGCGCUCAGAGACGCCACGCGGAGACGCGCCUUCGCCCUGGUGUCGCAGGCCUACACCUCCAUCCUCGCCGACGACUUUGCUGCCUUCGUGGGACUCCCUGUGGAGGAGGCCGUGAAAGGUAUUUUGGAACAAGGAUGGCAAGCAGACUCCACCACCAGGAUGGUGGUGCCCAGGAAGCCAGUUGCAGGGGCCCUGGACGCCUCCUUUAACAGGUUUAUGCCCUCAGCAGUGUCCAAGCUGAGGAAGAACAAUGUAUCCUCGCUGCGAGCCAGGGACAAACUGGCCACGCCUCCGGAGCGCUGGACGGGGCCCGUCCAGCAAGGACAGGGCGUUAGCCCGGCCCGCCGGGAGAGGCGUGAGCGCGGCGGGGGACAGCGAGAGCGCACGGGAGACCAGCGGGCCCAGGGGCCACCUGGGGCUGGCCCCAGCGGCUCCUCGGCCUCCUGA